AUGGCUUUGAUUUCUUCUUCCAUGGCUUAUCUCCACCUUUUGUCUUUCAUUGCUUCAUCAAAGUUUAAGGGUUCACUGUUCAAUAUGCCAGCCCAAACCAUCACCCCUGAGUUGCAGAAAGAUUUGAAGUUAUUAAAGUUGAGGGCUGCCCUCGAUCCAAAGCGGCACUACAAGAAAGGUGAUUCCAAAUCGAAGACACUUCCCAAAUAUUUCCAGGUUGGGACAGUUGUAGAUUCUCCGUUGGACUUUUUCUCAGGCAGAUUAACAAAGAAGAAGAGGAAAGCAAGGCUUGCAGAUGAGGUGCUUUCUGAUCAAAACCUUGCAGCCUAUAGAAAGCGGAAGGUUCGAGAAAUUGAAGAACAAAAUCGACCAGCUGGGAAUGAAAAGUGGAAGAUUAAGGGUAGUAAUUCCCGUAGGCACAAAUUAUAAUGCUUUUUGCAGUCUAGAAUUAUUACAGGUUAUUUGAAAUACCUUAGCUGUAAAACCUAUUGAUGAUGCUAUGUGUUCUUCUAUCGUGUUUCAUAUUGUCA